AUAACAUCGAUAUCAGUUAUCACUCGUCAUUGGUGCACCGCGAGUUUGUGUCUACUGAAUUCACUCUACUGAAUUCAUGAAGCUCGUACAUGUAUACAACAAGGAAAGAGCAGUCUGUACAUGUACAUCCAAUGUCCAAGACAGAGCAUCCCGAACCUACUUGUCAACACUUGUUGGUGUGUGCGUUUCAGUUGGUGUAGGCUAGACUGUAGUGUUGUUUGUCGGAGUCCACUCUGACAGGAGUCACUCAAGUCACAGCUCAUGUGCUGUAGUCGUUAUUAUUAGUGAAAACAACGAGGCAUAGCAAGGUAGUACUCUUUUUAGUCUUGGUAGCGGCAAUGAACUGAUACUCAUAAUUUUUGUAUAAUCAGCAGUCACUUGCAGUUCACUCCUCUAAUGCCAUAAGUAAUGGAAGAGGUUUCUCAAGAAUCCAACCUUACUCCUUCCGAUGCUCGGCCAAAAUUCUAUGCAUUGAGUGAUGAGAGUCUUGCUCGCUCCUUGCAGGAUGAGGAAUAUACCUCGGUGGGCGAACGUAAUCGUCAACUUCGCCAACGCAUGAAGAAUCAAGUGUCCCUUGUGAAGGAAGAUGAAGAGCUUGCCUCACAGCUCAACUCCCUAGAUGUUUCAGGUGCGAAACAAGACCUGGCUCUGCAGGAGAAAGUGGCCACAGAGGAGCAAGACAAAGAGCUUGCGCAGCUCUUGCACAGACAAGAAUCAGUACAGAGUAAGGAGACAGAAGAUGAACGCAUAGCACGGGAGAUGCAGGAUGCGGAGUAUGCUGCAUAUAUGCAGCUAAAGGAGAAGCGGAAGGUCGAGCUCCGGAUGCAAAAGAUGGAGCAGCAACGCCAGUUGGAAGCUCAGAAAACACAGCAGUUACUGGAAGGGGAGCAGAGACAGUUGCAAGAACUGGAGAGGCAACGCCUCGAAGGAGAACUCAAGACACGGCGCUUACUGGAGGAGGAGAAGCGUCAGCUGGAUGAACGGGAAAGGCAGCGCCAGCAGCCACAGCAGUCCCAGGGCGCACCGUUGGCAAAGUCCGCAAGUGCUGCAGACGUGCCUGACGAGGAAUUGGCCAGGCGCAUGCAGCAAGCCGAGGUUCUUCAGUAUCGCCAUGCGUUGCAGAGUCGGGCAGCGUCAGCUGCAGCUCUGCAACAGCAGCAGCCAGUUACUCCUGGCUCUGCCACUCAUGUCGCUUUGCCGAAUCCAGGCCCGCCACAAACUGCUCAGGGUGGUGCAAGCGGGCACCCUGCUAAUGUUCGACAACAGUCCAUGCCUACCAUUCCCACUCAGAAACAACAGGAGCUCAGGCAGAAUUGUAGAAGUUCUUCGCCGGCUUGCUGAUAGCUGCACCCCUUCCUGAAGAAACGACAGUUUUAGAUUUUCUUCUCCGGUAGAUUUCCCGGCUUCUUUCUCCUUCCUCAUGCAGAAGCAACAGCCAUCAGCAAGCCAAGAAGAUAAACACUUGCUGAACUCUGAUUGGCUGAGGCCGGUUGACCAAUCCUUUCAGCAUACUUGCCAACCCCUGGCAAACAGUUUCCUUGACAGUGAUGAUGCGUUUCCUUGAUUUUGCCCAUUUUUCCUUGAUUUGCAAUUUUUACAUCAUAAGGCCACCCUUUCUUUUUUCGUUGUUUAACGUCCGCGCCCGCGUACCUUUUUGCCUCCGACCGGAAAAAAAAACAAGAAAGUAGUAGUUCCAAUAAUAUGCGAAGUUGUAAAUACAUGAUUGUGUAGUUUCACAGUGUGCCGAUCAUGACCUUAAACUUAUAAUCUUGCCUCCCGGGCAUGCCUUUGUCUUGUGUUCUUUUUCUUUUUUUGUUGGCUUUUAAAUAUCGUACGGUGUGUGUCCUAGGGCGCGUUUGGUUGGUACGAACUAGAACAGGAUUCACCAGAACAGCGCGUUUGGUUGGGACUGCACCUGUUCUGGGUCGGCCAGAACAUGUUCUGCUUGCUCCGGCCUCGAGGCCGGAGCAGACCGAGCAGUUUCACUUUUUCACAGUGAAACCUGGCGGGAACAUCGAUUUUGGUCCCAAAUGAUCACGUGCAUACGCUUUUGGGUUGGACUCGUUGUACCGUACAAAGUGACCAUGGUGACCCAUACACAUUUUCAAGUUUCACACAUUUUUCCACGAAAAUGUGCUCUGUUUCUGGAGUACCGUUUGGUUGGCAUGAGGCUGCUCCAUGUGCACCAGCUGUUCGAUCCUGUUCUAGAUCGUACCAACCAAACGCACCCCUAGUAAAAAUCCAGAUGUACCGUACUGGCAAUAUAUGUUGCCGCAGGGAGGCCAUGAAGCGUUACAUUGGCACAUGUUUGCCGCACGCAGGGCGUUACAUGCUAAGUCGCACAGGAGCCGUUACACAGGUUUCUAUAUUGCCGCAGUCCUUUUUUUGCUAUUGCCGCAUCACUUUUUUGCUAUUGCCGCAUCAUUUUUUUGCUAUUGCCGCAUCAUUUUUUUGCUAUUGCCGCAUCAUUUUUUGCAAACUGCAAUGAAAAGAUCGCCGCACCCCGCCGGACGCGCGUUACGAACUCACGAAAAUUUGUCGCACUAGCCUGGUCGCGCGUUACGCCGCAACCCCCCUGCGUUACGCGUUACGCGGCAACAUAUAUUGCCAGUACGGUAAUGAAUUCAUGACAUGCUAACUCCAUGCUAUGUACCUGUUUUGUUGGAUUCAUGAGGCAUGUGCUCCAAUGUACCAUCAAAGAGUGUUGUUCUAUGCCUGCAAGUGCCGUUAGACCCAGAAAUAUUGUAUAUAUCACAU